AUGUCAGAUUCUUCAAGAGUUCAUGACCCGUCCUCAGAAGUGCAAGGAUCAAUCGGGGAGAUUGAUAACAGCCAUGUCUUCAUCGUCGAGUUUGGCUCUCUGCAGGACCGCGACUUCUAUAAGAAUGUAAUCCCUCGUCAUGCUGAGUUUGCUUCGCGAAUCAUUCCGCUUGUGAACUUGACGACUAUGGCGGUGUUUGAGGAGAGUGACUUCGCCGAGGUGGACGCGAGUCUGUCGCCAUGGAUAAGCAGCUCUGGUGAUGAGACCAAAUGCACCUUAAAUCUGAGUGCUUCGCAUGAAUGGCUUGCGGGCGCGAACUGCCUUGACAUCAGCCUUCAGGAAACCGACGAAGACGGCAAUGUUAAGGUCCGACUCAAAGGACAGCAGAGCCGACGAGUGACGAUUCAAAACCCAGAUUUGUUCCUCGAACAAGUAAUCCUACCGUCCACAGAGGCAAAGCGAUGGCUCGCUACGCAAUUGACGGUCUCGCGCACUAUGCACCACCUCAGCCGCGCCAUACUUGGCACUGCUCGUCAACCCCAGAUAUGGUUGUUGACGGGGCUUCAGUACAUCAACAGAACUCGUAUAGAGGCCGGUGACCAGGAACUGCACAUGGGCACCGAGACAGGAAGAUCGACAGGUGACGACCCGGAGGAGAAGAUCUGGGCCGCUCAGUUCAUGGAAUUGAAAGUGAAAUAUCGUCCUCGCGAGCCGACUACUGCCAAAGUUCCGGAAGAGAUUCAACUGCAUCAGUUCAGCCCGCUGGGGGGAAUGGGGUUUCAAGGUCAUGAACAUGUCCCGAGCCAGGAGAUUGCAAAAAUCGAAGGUCUCGUGGAAAACCGGCGUGGGGCCAACACGAACUAUGCAAUCAUGAUGGACACCCCAGAAUUUACUGGUGACCAGGAACCGUGGCUGAAUGUCUGGUACACCAUGUUCAUCCCCUUCCAUGGAAGUUUCGAAGUUAACACUGGCGACGACUUCUAUGCCUGGGUGGGAACUGUGCCUACUUCGCCCGCGCCAGGCGUAGUAGUUUUCAGUGGCAUGAGCCUGCUCGGCCGACUGGGCUCUGAAGGCGUACCCGGGAGCACUUUUGAGAUGCAGAAUAUCGAAUCAUUCCCAACCAUCCAAGAGAUCGACCCAUCUGCGACGAAGGGUUCGUACGAGUUCAAAACAGGCAAAGACUUUAGUAUGCCCAACAACACUUAUCUUGUUGGUCUUGCGAAGGUCAAUCACAGAGGACAAGUUUCUCCAGUCGGAUCGGUUGCUCCGAAGAAUGAUCAGAGGAUUCAAGCCACUCCUAAGAUGAGAUUCUUCGUUGCGGAGAGCCAGCCGGUGCCUGCGGUGGCGAGGGCGGGCAAGUUCUAUGCUACUGUGACCCAGGGCAAUGAUGGCGGAUUCACUGUGAAGUACUACGACUCUUUCGACUAG